AUGAACGUUCUAUUCACUAACAAAGAAAUCAAUAGUUUUUUGAAAAAAUGGCAGGCUGGAGAGGCGUGUCCUCUUCUGAAAUAUCUAGAUUUGGGAUUCCCGAAACUCUUGAAUUUGGAAGAAGUGGUUGAAGGAUUGGAUGGGGUUAAAGUGCCAGAAGGCAUUGUAAGAGAGUUUGACAUAAUAUUAUCGGACAAGCCGAUCAACUUUCCGGGUGGCUACGAUAUCAAACGGCAUGAUGGAACCAUUGCUACAGUAUGCACAGAAACUCAUCCUGAACUUCCGAUAACACAUUUAAGAAUUGCAGUCUGGUCAAAGUUGGCUUCUUAA